GAGAGCGUCCGGCAGCCGAAGGGAGCCGGGGAGGCGGGCGCUGUGCUGCGGCGCGUCGGCGGGGCCCGGGGCGCGGAGGACCGAGCAGGGAGCGCCGGCCUCCUCCAUGAGGCCUGAGUGAGGCGCGGCGGUGACAGGCGGCCCGCGGCGCCUCCCGCGUGUCCUAGCCGGAACUGCGGCGGCGGCGGCGGCGGCGGCGGCGGCCCCGGUUGGAGAGACAGGAGCAUGUCGGACAGUUUCGAUCGGGCUCCAGAACAAACGAAGCCCCAGAGAGCUCCACCUAGUUCACAGGAUAAAAUCCCACAGCAGAACUCGGAGUCAGCAAUGGCUAAGCCCCAGGUGGUUGUGGCUCCUGUGUUAAUGUCUAAGCUGUCUGCGAACGCCCCCGAAUUUUACCCAUCAGGUUAUUCUUCUAAUUAUACAGAAUCCUAUGAGGAUGGUUGUGAGGAUUACCCGACUCUCUCAGAAUACGUUCAGGAUUUUCUGAAUCAUCUGACAGAACAGCCUGGUAGUUUUGAAACAGAAAUUGAACAGUUUGCAGAAACCCUGAAUGGAUGGGUCACAACAGAUGAUGCUUUGCAAGAACUUGUGGAACUUAUCUACCAACAGGCCACGUCUAUCCCAAAUUUCUCUUACAUGGGAGCUCGCCUGUGUAAUUACCUGUCCCAUCAUCUGACAAUUAGUCCACAGAGUGGCAACUUCCGCCAAUUGCUACUUCAAAGGUGCAGGACGGAGUAUGAAGCUAAAGACCAAGCUGCAAAAGGGGAUGAAGUGACUCGAAAACGAUUUCAUGCAUUUGUUCUGUUUCUGGGAGAACUAUAUCUUAACCUGGAGAUUAAAGGAACAAAUGGACAAGUUACAAGAGCAGAUAUUCUUCAGGUUGGUCUUCGGGAACUGCUGAAUGCUCUGUUUUCUAAUCCUAUGGAUGACAACUUAAUUUGUGCAGUAAAAUUGCUAAAGUUGACAGGAUCAGUUUUAGAAGAUACUUGGAAGGAAAAGGGGAAAACUGAUAUGGAAGAAAUAAUUCAGAGAAUUGAAAAUGUUGUCCUAGAUGCAAACUGCAGCAGAGAUGUAAAACAGAUGCUCUUGAAGCUUGUUGAACUUCGAUCAAGUAACUGGGGUAGGGUCCAUGCAACUUCAACAUACAGAGAAGCUACCCCUGAAAAUGACCCUAAUUACUUCAUGAAUGAACCAACAUUUUAUACAUCUGAUGGUGUUCCUUUCACUGCAGCGGACCCAGAUUACCAAGAAAAGUAUCAAGAGUUACUUGAAAGAGAGGACUUUUUUCCAGAUUAUGAAGAAAAUGGAACAGAUUUAUCAGGGGCUGGUGACCCAUAUUUGGAUGAUAUCGAUGAUGAGAUGGACCCAGAAAUUGAAGAAGCUUAUGAAAAGUUUUGUUUGGAAUCAGAGCGCAAGCGAAAACAGUAAAGUUAAAUUUGAGGAUACCAGUUUUUUUUUUUUUUUUUUUUUUUUUUUUUUUUUAAAGUUUAGGUAUGGGGAUUUAGAAGAACACAGGAAAGCAAGAAACUGUGUCAGACUUAUACCAAAUUAAGGAUUUUGAGUUAUGUUACUAAUGUAUGCAACUUUAAUUUUGUUUAACACUACCUGCCAAAAUAAACUUUAUUCCCUGUAACUUAAAAUGUGUAUAUAUAUAUAAUAGUUUUAUUAUGUACAGUUAAUUCUACUGUUUUGGCUGCAAUAAAAUCGAUUUUGAAAUAAAUGAAAUGUUGAAAGAAAAUUUUGCUAGCUGGUUAGAUGCUUAUCGUUCAACUUCUUUUUCUUGAGGUUAAAAAGUCUUAGCCUGGAAAUACAUAUGACUGCAAAAAAUGUAGCAUUCUUUUUUAGAUAUGACUAUUAGAGCUUUUAUUUUAGUUUAGCAUUUGAUUCUCUAUAUAUUGAGUUUCAAGUACUAAUCACAAUCAUGAAAAUCUUUAGCACCAAAGUCUUGGAGUAUAUAAACAACUUAUUUACUUACGUAGAUGCUAUUUGAUACCAAGGGCUUUUAAAAUGCCAUUAAUGUGGGGUGGGUGGGGCUUAGAACACCAGCUAAGGAACCAAGAUUCUUCAUUGAGGAUUUAUUCCAACUCAAGAUUUGUUUUUUGUGUGCUUUGCCCGACUAACUUCAUUCCCGCCAUCCUACAGUAUUACUCUGCGUUCUUCAUAUGGCUUACUCAUUUUUAUUUCAUUGCAUGGGUUGCAUCGACUUUUUACUAGACAGUUUUACUAAGUAUUUGUCACUCAAGUUUUCAUCUGCUUUAUAAUUGCUAUACUGUGAGGACCACUUUUCUAAUACUUUUACUAUAAUGUACCACCUUGGCCCUAUUUAAGUAAUGUUUUUAUCUAAUGUCAAAUCUUUUUCCAACUAACUAAAAAUAAACAUAUAAAAGGGUUGCUUGUAAAUAUGUGCAUGUAAAUAGUUGUGUUAAAACUCAUUGUUUUACAUUUGGUACAUCUGUGUCUGCUUAUACACUUAGUUUUCCCACUUCUGCUUGUUUGUUUGUUCAGUCUGUAUUAAAAUUAGAAUUUGAAAAUAAAACUUAGUUUGUUUCUUCUAACUUUUUAAAAUGGUAUCUUAAAGAAUUUUUUUUGUUAAGCUUGCCUACAUGAAAUAAAUUAAAGGUUUAAAAAUUAGAGAAGUAACAAUACCAAUGAAUAAAUCAGUAACAUAAAUGAGCCUACAAAAUUAACAAAUACAGUAAUUUUUAGAAUCCAUGUUAAAAGUACAUGUAUGCUUUGGCAUUUGUCAUAGAAUUGCUUUUUCUGAGUGCUGUAACUUGAUGACUACCAGCACAGCCUGCAGUCUUGGAACAUGCUAGUUACAGCACAUUAGAUAAGAGAGACAGAGCUGCAUCUAUUUUAGACAUCUACUGGUCAGUAUAUAAACAUCCAGUAUUUGACCACUCGCCUCAUUGUCACUAAUUACUGUACUCAAAAGUGGCUAUCCACAGAAUCUACAUGUGUUGGUAGUCUGGUGGCAGUUCAUCUGCUUAGCAUGCAGAAGACCUAAGUUUGAUUCCUAGUGCUCAAGUUAAAAACCACCUUAGUAGGAAAACCAGUGGGCUAGUGGUAGUGUGAGCAGCUGGAAGCUGUCAUCGUUGGAGCCAUCCUCUCUCAAUGGCAGUGAGGACCCGAGCUACAUCUAGACCUGAGCUGUUGACUAGAACGUUGGCAUUUUACCGAUGGUGGGCUGCUGCUUUUUUCUUGGACCUCUCAGCAUUUUGGCUGGACUCAGAGUGGACACACCAAAACAGGAAGAAACGUCAUUCCGAAGCUGUGCGGCAGUACUGGUUUUCUUGGUUUUAAAUGAGCCACUAGGUCUGUGUCCGUAGGAGGCCACUGAGGAAUGUGUACAUAAGGUCUAAAUUUGUAACUGUGUAUAAUGAGUUGGUCCUGUGUCACAUUGUCUUGUAGAAUGUGUGUCUUCACCAGGCCCAAACAUGAAUGUGUUGUAGAAAUAGUAAUACAGUGCUCUUCAAUGAGCACUGGCACUGUGGCCAGUAACUGUCAGCCUUGAGCUGUAACAAAAGAAAUACUGAUCUUAUUCAAGCAAUCAGGUUAUCAACUCCGACUCAGUCUUAGCUAGAAGGCAAAAACCUACUCUAUCUUCCUAGACUGGUUUUGUCACAGUGAUGGAGAAUGUAGACUUUGGGAGGACCAGAGAGUUCAUCUGCAAGAGGUUGCUAGAAUUUAAAAUCAGACAGUCUUUGGGUAAUUCUGUAAGUAUCCCAUUAAAUCUUACCUGCAAGGAGGACAGAUGAGUGUAGGUUUUUUUGUUUUUUUUUUUUGUUUUUUCCCAAUUAGAAAAAGUUUUGUCAUUUAAUGAGAGGAGGAUGUUUGAUAGAUAAAAAAUCCUGUUGAUGGCUGAAAGCUCAUACAAAAGUCCAUUUCCUAUCAGGUCCUGAGGGCAGACGCACACAGAGCUAGCUGCAAAGUUAACAGAACAUGUAUUUAUCCAGUCUUAAGAGCAGCUCUAAAAUGCCAUAGUGUGCGCACCUUGUGGAACUAUUGACUUGUUACCAGCAGCUCUGCCCAUGCAUUGCCGUUGUUCAACUAUUACUGGGUCAAACUCUGCUUCUUCAGAGGCAGCAUCUUCCCCAGACCUGGCCCCCUUCCCUUAGGACAUCCUCAGAGACUUUGAUCAGGAACCCUUCCUCUUGGGAAUUAACAGGCUUGAGCCUGGUGGUCUUUGACUAGAUUUUAGCAGAUGGAAAGAAUGUAAGCUUGUGUAUGCCUCGGCCCUGCUGUGUUGGUUUAGCAAGACUGAACCCCGUGAACGCAGCAGAGCCGCAUCCGUUUGCCUUGGGUUUGGUUCUGGUAGAUGUGUGCCAUUGUAAGUUCAGCAUCCCGAUGCCACUUUGUACUGCUGGUGAUCAUUGUGCUCCCUCCGUCCAGUUUUAAUUGGCUCUUGCCUCCUUUAAUCUUUUCAUUAUCUCAUUUGUUUUAGGGAAAAGCAUUAGCAGUCAAAUGUACACAAUUGUAUCUUCUUUAUCUUCUCUCCUCUACAGGAAGCAUCCUGAGUAGAUUUUCCUGCCUCCUCUUUCAUGAAUUCUGUUACUUAAGAGUGACUGGGGUUUCUUUUUGUUGUUUUUCUAAUCUGGCUUUUUUUCCCCCCCACAAGCUGUUCCCAUGCCAUUUCUUAUCAAAUAAAAAAUUAAAUCUGUUUUUCUAA